AUCAGUCGCACGACGCACGCUGCACCGUGUGCAUCGCCGAGGAAGCUGAGGAGUCGGAUUCCCAUCGGCAGGAGAGAGAGAGGAAGAGAGAGAGAGGCUAAGUGCAUCGUCGGCGUAUCCCCCUUCCCUCCCUCCCUCUUUUGCUCUUCUCCGUCUUCUUCCUCCUCGUCGUUUCUCCUAUGCCUUUCCCGGUUCCUCCUGCUUCCCGCGGCUUCACCCCACGUUCAUACCCGGAGAGUUCUCGUCGUCCAGGCUCAUCGUUGGCUGCAAUUAGACCAGGCGCGAGAUCCCGCCGCUCGAUCCGUUACCGCUCUCUCGAGGGAUAAUUUUACGCGCGACGAGAGCUGGCGCUCGAUCAGGAGCUGACCGGAGGAAAACCUUUUAGCGCAGCGGUGCCUACGUUACGACUGUCCCCCCGGGAGAUUGGAAAAACACGCGAAGGUUGACUCGUGUGCGUCCCGUAAGUAGUUACGCGCGCGUCGAGAGGAACCGCAUAGGAGGAUACUCCGGUUGCAACGAUCGGGAGAUGCGGUUUCGCUGUUGGAGCUGAGACCACCCCGUCGGCUGCGAAAGUUCGUGGGCCCGCAUCCGAAAUUGAUCACGAAAAAGUAAGGAUCACUCGUGUCAGGAUCAUCACUCGCGCGCGUCAUCACUUUCGUAUCCCUCGCUCGAAAAAGCGGAACACGAGAGACACUGUCGAAUCGAGCCGGGUUUAACAAAUAAUAAAAAGUAAAAAAAAAAAAGAAACGGAAAAGUCGAACAAGAGAGGAAUAAAACCUCAAGAAUAAGAGUGAUCCGCCCGUGCUUCUCCGCGCGUGCUUGUGUAACAUAAAAAAACCGGAUCGCGAAUAUUAUUUGACUAACACACCGACGUAAGAAACAAAAGGAAAGAGUAAAGGUAGAUCGUACACACUCACGUAUAAUAGUACGAGACCAAGAGAGAGAGGCGCCGAAAACCGAUAGUCGAAAAAAAAAUGGCCAUGGUCCCGACAUGCUCCGUUUUGAUGUUUCGUCCUGUGGUGCACGCUGCGCUCUUCACGUUCCUCGUCGUUCUUCCGAGCACAGCUAUCGCGGAUAACACGGUCACGACGAAACCAUCCCCGUGCUCAAGUGAGAUAUACUGCCACGGCGAGCUGCUGCACACGAUACAGAUGACCGGCAUAUACAAGGACUCCAAGUACUUCGUCGACAUGAAGAUGAAGCGGCCGGCGAACGAGACGCUGGCGUCGUUCCGGGCCUUCAUGAAGAGCAUGAACUACGUGCCGAACAAGCAGCAGGUGGAGAAGUUCAUCAACGACACAUUCGAGAUGCCCGGCCACGAGUUCGAGGACUGGGACCCGGCCGACUGGACGGCCACUCCCAAGUUCCUGCAGAACAUCGAGGACGACGAGCUGCGGAAGUUCGGCUCCGAUCUCAAUCACAUCUGGAAGCUGCUGGGCAGGAAGAUGCGGGACGACGUGAGGAUCAACGAGGAGCUCUACUCGAUCAUCUACGUGCCGCAUCCGGUGAUCGUGCCCGGCGGGCGUUUCCGCGAGUUCUACUACUGGGACUCGUACUGGAUCAUCAGGGGCCUGCUGCUGUCCGAGAUGCACAGCACCGUCAAGGGCAUGCUGAACAAUUUUGUCUCGAUAGUGGACAAGAUCGGUCACAUACCGAACGGCGGUAGGAUCUACUACGCGAUGCGCUCGCACCCGCCGCUCUUGAUACCCAUGGUGGACGAGUAUCUCAAGAUCACGCACGACGACGGCUGGCUGAAAGAGAAUCUCUGGCUGCUGGAGAAGGAAUUCAACUUCUGGCUGACCAACCGUACCGUGGACAUCGAGUUGGACGGGGUCAACUACACGCUCGCCAGAUACUACGAGGAGUCGUCGGGUCCCCGGCCGGAAUCUUACAAGGAGGACUAUCUGACGAGUCAAAGUUUUCGAACCGCCGAAGAGAAGGAUAAUUAUUAUGCGGAAUUGAAAACGGCGGCCGAGUCCGGAUGGGAUUUUUCCAGUCGAUGGUUCGUACACGAGGGUACCAACAAGGGUAAUCUGACAAAUCUCAAGACCAGAUCUAUAAUCCCGGUCGAUCUGAAUACCAUAAUACAACGAAACGCCGUGCUGCUGGCGCAGUACAAUCGUCAGAUGGGCAACGAGACGAAGGCCGCGUAUUACGACGACCUGGCCGAGAAGUGGAAGGAGGCGAUCAGGAUGGUGUUGUGGCACGAGGAGGUGGGUGUCUGGUUGGACUACGAUAUGCUGAACGACAUCAAGCGGGACUACUUCUAUCCGACUAACAUCCUGCCACUCUGGACGGACUGCUACGACACUUCGAAGAGGACCGAAUACGUGUCGAAGGUGCUCAAGUACCUCGAGAAAAAUCAGAUCAUGUUGAAUCAGGGCGGCAUACCGACGACGUUGGAACACUCCGGCGAACAAUGGGAUUAUCCCAAUGCCUGGCCGCCUCUCCAGUAUUUCUUCGUCAUGUCGUUGAACAACACGGGCGACCCAUGGGCGCAGAGAUUGGCCUACGAGAUCAGCCAGAGAUGGGUCCGUAGCAACUAUAAGGCUUUCAACGAGACGCACAGCAUGUACGAAAAGUACGACGCGACCGUUUCGGGUGGCCACGGAGGUGGAGGUGAGUACGAAGUACAACUUGGUUUCGGCUGGUCGAACGGAGUCGUUAUGGUAUUGCUGGAUAAGUAUGGUGACAGGUUGACCGCGCAGGAUUACUUCCUGCCGGGCACCGUGGUCGAGAAUGCGGCGUCGCCGCCGGUCGUUUCGACAGCUGGUCAAAUGCUGACCGGGCUUCUAGCUCUCAUCAUAUCGUUAGCAGCAGGAUUUAUAGGGUGAGAUAUCCACGUGACCUAAAUCAGCUAGCAUAAAAUUCGCGAAAAGAUACGUUAGAAAGAUCGAUACUCAUCGAUCGAUGAUAGUAGAUACUUCCAGUCUCGAAGAAAUCGAAAUCGAUUUUAAAUAAUAUUUUCGCUCUUCUUCCUCGCUCAUUCGGUUUGUAUGAUUUAAUAAUCGGACGACCGAUGAAGAGAGCGUAAAACGGGUAUAAAAGGACCAAAUAGAAGCAAGUGCGGGCACUGUCUUCUGUUAUUAUUGUAAGACACUCCGAGUAUGCGAGGGGGCCUCGAAAACGGCGUCAUUUUUAUUCUCUUGCCACGCAUGCUUCCAAAGAAUAUUCUAUAAGCCGCAGGAUAUAUUAUACAUAUAUUGACGAUAUUACUUCGCAUUUAAGUAUCACUCUAGAAGGGACAUGAAUCUUUGUUGCCUUACUUGCGAUAUAUUAUUGAUAUCGUACUUACCAAUUAUUUAAAUUUAUUAUGAUAUUUUUAUAUGAUUUUCUAUCAUUCCAUACUCUACACGCUUCGUGAUCUAUUAUUUUAUCAAUCACAUUUGUAGUACGUAAUAUCGAUUUUAUCUGAGAAUGUCUCUAAGACUAUAUCGCCAGUACACCUAAACAUAUCUGCAAACAUGUGCCUUCUCAACUAUGGAAUUAUAUCGUUAUGUUAUUUAUAGGAAUAUCGUGGCCCUUCUCGCUGACGGAUAACGUAGACAGGAUCUAUUAUCCCUAGACAAUCGUCUAUUACUUAAUCAUUCCAUCAGACGUGCGCUGUUACGAAGUAUAUUCUGUGAUCAUUUAACGAACUACGUUCGCUGGUCGAAUUACGUUCUAUCAUCCUUUCAUUGCAGGAAUUUAUUCUUUAUCUUUAGAUCUAAAACUUUGGAAAUACCGCAGGCGAUUUCUCGAAUUUAGAGUCUCUACGAUAUAUACAUACAUACAUAUAUAUAUAUAAACUGAUGUAUAUUAUUUUAUUUUGAGAUUAGCCAUUGAUAUAUGUUACUGUACUAGUAUUAUUAGGGUAGAUAAAUUAUUAUGUCGCGCAUAUAUAUAUGUAACAAACGAAAAUACCGACGUCCCCAAGAUAUUCCGGGGAUAAGUCGGAGCAAGGUUCCUCGACAGGAAAGCGGAAGGAUAUAAGAAAGGUGCAAAAUGAGACAAUUAAGGGAACAGUUCGGCAGGACUAGUUACAAACAAAAGAUAUAACGGGAA